UGUGUCACCACAUAAAGGUCACCUGCAGUUCCCAACGAAUUACCCUACAAUUAAUCCCCAUCAUGGGACCAAACCCGCACGCUUGCGCGCCUUCCCAGCCGACGAACCAAAUAAUCCUGCUGAAGCUCCCGGAGCAUCUCGACGAGUCAGCAGGAUCCCAACCCCGGAGUAUCGAUCCCACCUCUAGUGUUUAUUAAAAUGUGAAAAUGAGUGAACAAAGAAGCAACAAUGACAUGUCCGGCACCGUCCUCAUCUGCAAAGUGGUCAUAGUUGCUGUGUUCGUGUACCCUCUCCUCCACUACACCCUCCUGCACCAGAGUGCCGACCCCGAGCCCGAAGUCGCGCCAGAAAACCAGACAGAACCGACGCAAAACACAAAAGCAGGCGAGAGAAUCGUCCUGGAACAGCCCUCAUGUCCCUUAUCGUACCUGCAGGUCAUCCUGCAGGACCUGUGCCGGGAGCUGUUCCUGCGGCACGAGCAGUGCACGCCCGAGGACGUGGAUAACCUGGAAAAGCACAAAUUGCCGAAAAUUCCUGCGAAGAACAACACGAGCGAGCCGCGGGGCACGAUCGUGGGGUGCGUGGCCGCGGGGCUCCUGCUGACGAGUCUGGGGGCCGCGUUUCUGGAGCUGUACAAGGCCAAGAGUCAGACGCCGGUCAAGAACACCAAGCCGACGAUGAGCAGGAAGUGCUCGCUGGCCGAUUUGACUGUUCUUAAGCACAACAGGAAGGAGCUGGUGAGGAGGGAGUCCAUUAUGGAGCUGCCGGAAAAUGGGGGCCAUUUAAAACAACUGGGUUUUAGACCACCCCCUCUAUAUCGAAGAUGCUCGUUUCCUGUCGGACCAAGCGAGCUGUCUUGUGGAAACUCGUACGCAACUUAUCAAGAGUCCCGUCGAUCAUCCAUAGAAUCGCGCCGACUUUCGAUAAUCGAUAGUCGAAGAAAUUCAGUCGAUUGCAGAAAAGCCUCGAUCGAUGGCCGAAGAAUAUCGAUCGAUAACGAAUCGCCGGAGCGCCGCCAUUGGUCCAGGCUUGUGCAUAGACACUAACUUCGACCAAUCACGUAAAUGUGCACAAUACUUGAUGUAAUCAACCCAUUUAAAAAAACGUAUAGUUUAUUGUGAGUUAAGGCUGUUGAAUGAAAUGAAACAAGAGUCCAUAUAAAAGUAAUUUAUUUUGAAAAAAUAA